CCAAUAGCCAGAGGGCAUAUUAAUGGUUCCCACAAGGAAGACCUUGCAAAUUGCUAUAAAUCAUCUCUGAAGCUGGUGAAAGAAAACAACAUCCGAUCAGUUGCAUUUCCCUGCAUCUCAACAGGCAUUUAUGGUUUUCCAAAUGAGCCUGCUGCAGUCAUUGCCCUCAGCACCAUAAAGGAAUGGCUGGCCAAGAAUCACCAUGAGGUGGAUCGGGUCAUCUUCUGUGUCUUCUUGGAAGUUGACUUCAAAAUCUACAAAAAGAAAAUGAGCGAGUUUUUCCCUGUAGAUGACAAUAAUGAAGAAGAAGAUGUUGACAUGAAAGAAGAUUCAGAUGAGAACGGUCCCGAGGAAAAGCAAGGUGCGGAGGAAAUGGAAGGGCAGAGCCAAGAAGCAGAUGCUGUCAACACCACCACUGUGCCCAGCCCUGCAUCACAGGAAGGAGUUGAAGUCUGCAAAGAACAAGAUUCUGCAAAGGAUGAAAACAUCACAAAAGACAAUGAAAUAACAGAUCAUUCUGUGUGUGACCACGAGCAUCCCAGUGGACAAGAGAAUGAUUCAACGAAGAAUGAAAUAAAAAUUGAGACAGAAUCCCAGAGCUCGUGUAUGGAAACAGAAGAGCUUUCAUCAAACCAAGAAGAAGCCACAGUUGUGGAGCAACCAGAAGUGAUUCCACUAACAGAUGACCAAGAAGAAAAAGGUGAAAAAGCUCAAGAUGAGGACACACCAAGGGUGGCUGUGAAAAGUGAAGCCUCCGGUGACACAGACAAUGUGACAGGUCCUGAGGUUGAAAUGAGUAGUCAGGUUGACAGCGGUAAUGACCCCACAGAAUGUCAGCCAGAAGAUUAACUGACAGGGGCACAAGAGGAAGCAAAGGAACAAUGAAAUGAACCUAAAUGAGUAUGUUCAGCUCUGCAAGGCCUCUCCUGGUUCUGCAGGACUUCAGGAAGACUGGUGGCAUAC